UUACCCCGAACUACCGCAACGAAAUAAAACAAUAUAAUUUGUUCCUGGCUUUUUGUUACACAAAAACACGGAAUAUUAAUUGAAUUUCUGACACACUUAAUAAUUGAGAAAAAAAAGGAGUUUGUUCGUGAAAAAUAUUCACACUGAAAAGAAGAGAUGACGGAAACCAGUGGAAGUUAUACGUCGGACUCGGAUUUGACAGACACGAGUGAUGAACUCUAUUCAGAAACAUCCGACGAUGACUACGAACAUUAUACAAAGAAUUAUGUUGAUGAAAGCACAGAUUCGGACGAAACGGAUGACGGUAAUGACACUUCGAUGACGUCAUCUGAACAGAAUGGCGAAACAGUAGAACGGAAAAACAAACAACAACCUAGAAACAAGUCGGAAGACUUUACGGAUGAAGAUGACGUCAUAUUAGUAACGCAAUCUGAAAGAGAGUUGCAAGAAGCACGCAAAAGGAAGGGACAGGAAGCAUUAAACGAAUCAAGGCGGAAGUUUGAGCAUUGGGCAGAGAAAAUAACGCAAAGGCGGAUGUACGCGCUGUCGGAUUUCAAAACGCUUCAAAGAAAGCAAAAGGAACGGAUGCAAUUUUACGAAGACGUCAAGAAUUUUGUUAAGAAGAACAAAGUGGCCUCUCGCAAAGGCAAACAAGUGAAGACAUCAGUGAAGUAAAAAUGAUUCAUU